AUGCCGCGCUCUCCCCGCAACACCUCGUCCUUCAUUAUCCGCCAGCACGAGUCCUUCAGCUCGCCUGCCCCGUACGCCGCUACCUCCCCGCUGCUGCUGCUUCAGCGUCCUGACGCUUUCGCUGCUGCAUUCGCGGGAGACUCCGCACCUCCGCGCGUAGCAGCAGGCGUCGCCGCGAGAACAGCAGCAGCAGCAGCAGCAGCAGCAGCGGCGGCGGCGGCAGGAGCAUGUGCGACUGGCGACGUUCCCUGCGACAACGGCGACCACGGGAACAGCGAAGACAUGCCCGGCUUAGCGCCGGACUUGGCGGGACUGGCGGACAUGGCUCCCCUGCUAAGCGUCAAUCCGUACGGCUCCAUGAGCGGUUGCAUUCGCCUCCGGACUCCUGAGCCCUUGCCGUACGAUCGCGAGGGUAGAAGCGAGGGCAACAGCCAAGGCAUGCGGAUUCUUCCCCGCGACGUGCCGUUUGUUUCCCGCGCUGAGUGCUCCGAGGGUGCUUCCUGCAGCGAGGACACUCCCCGGGAGAGAGCCGCGCACAAGGAGGAGCGCGUUGCUGUCGCCGGCUUCGACGUGCGAUUCUUCGAGGUCGUCUGCGACAUGCUCGUCGUCGCGCCUGCGUGCGACGCCGACGCGCCCGGCCGUGACGUUGUGGCGAGCCACGCCGCUGCUGGCGCUGCCGCGGGUGAUGGUGCGGCGGCUGCUGUUGCCGCGUGUGCUGCCGAUGGGAGCGAUUCGAUCCUGCGCGCGCGUAUCGACGAGCAGGAAGCGCAGAUGGCGCAGCUGGAGGAGGAGAAUCACUCUUUACGAGACCGACUGGAGAUGCGACAAGAGGAGCUUCGUCGCCUUCGCACGCGACUGCUGUCGCACAACAGCGCGGCCAUCGAGGUAGAGGGCGAGACGGACGGCACCCAACACGACGCCCAGCGAACCUCCGCUUCCACCGGCGAUGUCGCCACCACUACUGCCGCCGCCGCCGCCGCCGUCGCUGUUGUUACUACCGCAGCUGCGUCUCACUGCCCUUCCGCGUCGCCUUCCUCCGCAAGUCCCGCUGUGCGUGCAACCGUUACGGCAGCUGGGAAGUGCGACGGCGACGGCGACGGCGACGGCGACGGCUACAUGUCUUCCUCCUGA